GUGCUGGAGGGCGUCAUGGACCACUGGCCCUGCAUGGGGAAGUGGAGUGUGGACUAUCUCUGUCGAGUCGCAGGGUGCCGCACAGUCCCUGUGGAACUGGGUGCCCGGUACACAGAUGAGGAAUGGUCUCAGAAGCUCAUGACUGUCCGCGACUUCAUCGACCAGUACAUUGUGAACAAGGACAGUGUGGGAUACCUUGCCCAGCACCAACUUUUUGAUCAGAUCCCAGAAUUAAAAGAGGAUAUCAGUAUCCCCGACUACUGCUGCCUGGGAGAAGGGGAAGAAGAUGACAUCACCAUUAACGCUUGGUUUGGUCCGGAAGGCACCGUCUCACCUCUUCACCAGGAUCCCCAGCAGAAUUUUUUAGCCCAGGUAUUUGGACGAAAGUAUAUCCGCCUGUACUCACCGCAGGAGUCGGAAAACCUGUACCCACAUGACAGCCAGCUGCUUCACAACACUAGUCAGGUUGAUGUGGAAGAUCCUGACUUUUCCAAGUUCCCCAAUUUCAGGAAGGCUGCGUUUCAGUCCUGUGUACUGAUGCCUGGCCAGGUGCUGUUCAUUCCAGUUAAAUACUGGCACUACGUACGGUCGCUUGAUAUCAGCUUCUCCGUCAGCUUCUGGUGGUCAUAG